AUGGCAUCCCCGCCCAAGCCCUGGGAGCAACCUGGCGCGGCUACGACUGCAGCUGCUGCCACAGUCUCUCCCUCAACCGCAACCUCGACUACCGACUCAUCUGCACCACCUCUCCCUAACCGCCCUUCAUCCCUCACGUCCACUGUCAACCAGAACGCCGCCAACUAUAGCCGUAUGGCUACCUCUCCUUACAACUCCAUGGGCGGCGCAUACUCGUCGCCCUACUCAAGCCCCUACUCAAGGCUCGGCAUGGGCGGCUAUGGUGGUGGCAUGUACGGCGGCUACGGUGGUUAUGGAGGAGGCAUGUAUGGUGGUAUGGGCGGCGGCAUGUACGGAGGCAUGGGUGGUGGCAUGGGCAUGCCUGGCGACCCCAACAGCUUGACCAACAGCUUCAACAAUAGCACUCAAGCUACCUUCCAGAUGCUUGAGGGCAUCGUCACGGCCUUUGGCGGAUUCGCCCAGAUGCUUGAGAGCACGUACAUGGCUACUCACUCGAGCUUCUUUGCCAUGAUCUCUGUCGCGGAGCAAUUCGGCAACCUUCGAGAUACCCUUGGAUCAGUACUGGGUAUCUUCACCCUCCUUCGCUGGAUCCGGACACUGAUCGCCAAGAUCACUGGCCGACCACCACCCGCUGAUGCGAUGGCGCUCACACCAGCUGCCUUUGCGCGCUUCGAAGGCCGCAGCAUGGGACCUGAUGGCAAGCCUCUCCCCCCCAAGGCUAGCAAGAAGCCCCUGCUCUUCUUUGUCCUGGCUGCCUUUGGUAUCCCUUACCUCAUGUCAAAGAUGAUCAAGAGCCUGGCUGCCUCCCAAGAGGAGGAGCAGAGGCGCCUUCAGGCCCAAGCAAUGGAAUCGCAGCAGCCGAUGGAUCCCUCCAAGCUCGAGUUUUGCAGACUCACUUUCGACUUCCUCCCCCAGCCCAACACCGGCAUGGAGCUUGAGGCGCGCAAGGGUGACCUGGUUGCAGUCCUCAGCAAGAACGACCCCUCCGGCAACCCCAGCGAAUGGUGGCAAUGUAGAUCUCGCGAUGGUCGCCAAGGAUAUCUUCCCUCGACCUAUCUCGAAGUCCUGAAGCGCCCAACCCAGGAGCCCAAGAAGCUCAAGGCCGCACCAAGCGAAAGCAGCCGCACCAACUCGCUCACAAGCUCAAUUGAGCGACCUGAGGAGGGCAAGAAGGAGUAUGCCACAGUUGAUGGCAUGCAGAGGAGCCACUUCUACUCGUAGACUGGGUUUUAAUUACAAGAGGAGGAACCGACCUGGUGACGGAGCAACGGGGCCAACUGUACAUGGAAACGUCAGGCUGUACGAUUCUGUCUGAAGAAUACUCCGUCUCAAUCAAAGACGAGACGGUGGGUGUAUUGGAUACAUUGGGCAAAAAAAAAACAUGAGUACGGAGUUUUUGGUUAUUUACGAACAUUACUAGUUCCUAGCGUUCAGGUUUACUAUGUCUUUUUUUUUUAUAUUCCUUUAUAGCAGAUACCUCGAGGAGUUGUGCUCCUCGACGCUGAUAAACAUGGGACAUUCAUUCUUAAUUCAUCAAGCUGCCUACAAG